AGUCAGUGACGAUUUAAGCAAUCUUCCAAUACAGGGGGAAACUGCAAGUGAAAAGUCUCCUAUGCAGGCAAGGAUGGAAAGACGGAAGCUUUAAUGAAGAAAUUGGCGUCAUCCCUGUAAUUCCGAGAAGGUGAGAAGGUACGAAGUUACAUGUCUGGGUACAACUUCGACUUUGUGCCAAUUUCCUCUUCAUUGAUCAAGUUACUCGGGUUUAUGCAAAUCUCACCAACCAUUGUUCAUUGUCUCUUCCCCGCGAAGUUCAUGCGGAGCUGUCUCAUCUCUCUGUGAAACCGGCGAUUCGUCUUGAGAUUACCGAUUUAAAAGAGACUCAUCCUUAUUCUCGGGUCCUCUGUCUCAAAGAUAGACUUAUAAACGUCGGUCUAGCGAACAAACUUGGUUGAAAGGAUCACCAAAUCCUAGUCCACGCAUGUUGUUAUCGCGCAGGGGUGACACCCUACGGCACAUGAACAACCACUUCACCUGUUGAAAUAUUUAUUUCCUGGUGGAAUUGCUUACUACCCUUCUCCUUAGAGUGCACAAGUCUACCGCGUAGGAAGUAGAGAAGAGGAAACGAUAAACACCAAAGUCAUCUAUAAAAAAAGAAGAAAAGAAGAACCUAGGAUCAUCUCACCGGAAUUGAAGAUGGAAGAACUCCCCAUCGAGCUAAAUGUCAUCACCCUCAACUGCUGGGGUCUUUUACACCUGAGCCAGCACCGCGCCGAGCGUCUUACCGCUAUAGGCCGCGAGCUCGCCGCCACCGACCCAGCUCCACAUAUCGUCGCGUUGCAAGAAUGCUGGACACAGGAGGACUAUCGGAGUAUCCGUCGCGAGACUCGCUUCGUUCUGCCAUUUGGCAAGUUCUACCAUAGCGGUGUAUUUGGCGGCGGUCUCGCCAUAUUAUCCAGAUGGCCCAUCGAGGAGAGCUCCAUGGUCCGAUACCCUCUAAAUGGCCGGCCGACCGCAUUUUAUAGAGGCGAUUGGUUCGUCGGCAAGGGCGUAGCGUGCGCGCGGAUCCGAUACGGUUCGGGAGAUCGUGAUAUCGUUGAAGUUUUCAACACGCAUACCCACGCCAUCUAUGAGCAUCCGCCCGACAAAACCGACAGCUAUGCCGUUCAGCGGCUCUCGCAGUCUUGGGAGAUGGCCAAGCUAGUCCGGGGAGCCGCGGAGAGAGGACAUCUAGCCAUUGCUCUAGGUGAUUUCAACGAUGUACCACUAUCACUAUCGUAUCGCAUGUUGACGGCCCAUGCUCCGAUCAGAGAUGUGUGGAGGGUACUAAACCCCGACUCAUCCCUCGGCUCCGCUAUCCACGAGCUCGAGCGCGCGCGGCGUCGACCCAUACCCUCCGCCGCCUUCAACUUGGCCGAAAAUGGCGUCACGAGCAAUAGCGUGUACAACACAUGGAGGUGGACCAAGUCCGACCAGCGGGCUCUACGCUCAGGAAAAGACCCUAUGAUCGUACCGCCGGACACUCCAGACCCGCGAGGUAAACGUAUCGACUACAUAUUCUUCUCGCCGCAGGUCUCUUCAACCACGAAUACACUUCUAAAGGAACUCAACCAAGCGCGCGCGAGCCGCGACAUCGGUGAAAGCAGCACCAAGACCCAAGGCUGGGUCGUCAAGGACGCGCGUGUAGGCAUGCUCGCACGACACCCGGACCUCGGCUGCUCUCUCUCCGACCAUUUCUCCGUGGAAGCCACUCUCCUCCUGCACACAACCGACACCUCCCUCAUCACCACAUCCCCCUCCCGUCCACCCUCUCCUCCCUCGCCACCCCCAAACCGGCCCUCAAGCUCGAACUCGCACCUCUCAGCCAAAAACGCAGGAACCAACCACCACGCGCGCUCCCUCCUAGCCCUCGAACACGGGACCUACCUCUCCUCACCCACGGGCUCCGAAAUCCGCGUCGCCUCGCGCCUCGAACUAAGCCAAUCCUACGACGCCCAACUCCGCGACAGCGCCCUCGCCCUGCCCACCCUCCGCGGCGAAGGCCUGCACUGCACCAUCUACGACGACGUCCUCCUGCUAAUCCACACAUACGACGAGCGCGAGCGCUCCCAGCGCCGCCUCCGCAUCCUGCACUUCUACCUCUGGCUCUGCGUCGUCAUCGGAUGCUACAUAGCCGUAUGGUUCGUGCAGCCCUGGCCAGGCAUCGCCUUCGCUUUUCUCGUGCUAAGCAGUCUUGGUUUCGCGAUGGGCGUCGUGGAUGGACUUAUGGGAUUCCUGUUCUUCGGGUCCGAGAUCAGGGCUUUGAAGGAGUUCGAGUGGGAGAUCCGGAACGCGAAGGCUACGGCUAGCGGGGCGCACGGGCUUAGGGAUGAGGAGGGGGUGGGCGGCGGGGAUGGGGUCGAGGAGAAGGUUUGGUGAGGUUUGGUGUGCGAGAUGAUUGAUACCUUUUUUAAACAUUUCAUUCUUUGGGGAACGAAGUUUUUUUGGGACGAGGAUAUGAUACCGACCGACAUAUUCUACUCAUACGUAGAAACGGUGUUACUUAUUUAUAAUGCAUGGACAUACAUACAUAUACGAACGAUCAAGAGAAGGAAUGGCGAUGCAAGUCGUGUUGAAAGGGCGAUUACCUAGGUUAUGAAUUUGUAAUGAUACCACGAAGACGAUACAGGUUCCAUAUAGGGGAUACUGUUCUAAUACUAAUUGCUUUUCCCGCCUAACUGGA